AUGCUGGGCGACGGGUGCUUGCGGGUGUUGCAAUUGGCGGAGCACGCACUACUGACUGUGCGAGGACGGCGUAGUUGUCGCCCACCGUGGCGACUGGUAUCUCGCCCCUCCCAUGUGCGUUGCUGGCCACCGCUUGGGGUGCUUGGCCACGGCGGUGGUGGUCACGACCGUGCUGGGGUGCCCCCAUUACAGUUUUGGGGACAUGCAGCGGCGUGCGCAGGGGCGCCCUGCACUGAAGGGUGUGUGAGGAGCGCGAUCCCCGGUAAGUCUCCAUGCCGCACGCGAGCGCCCGAACGGUACUGCACCUGA